UAUGUUAGAUAGAUCCGUCCAGCCUAUAAAUAGGUGGAGGAGUCAUUGUCGAGGAAUGUGCGGCAUAACUCAGAAGCCAUUUUGUGAUGAUAUCCCUUGUUGAGAAAGCCUGUGAGGAUGCUGAAACCAGCGAACAUGGUUUACAUUGCUGUCUGUUUCUCCCUCCGUCUCCUCUAUUUCCACCGUGGCAGCUGUCAACCGACGGGACAUUAGCAAAGCGGGGUGUCGAGUUGUGCUCACAGGGUUAAAACGCCACUGAGUAUGAAAGAGGAGAGUGUCUGUUUACUGUCUCUGUCGAGACAUGUAACACCGUGAGUCUUUUCCAGUCUGAAAUCUUCCAGCAUCUCUCACAAACCAGCCGUCUCCUUUGAGUGACCGUGUUAUAAUUCACUCUUGAUACCGAGGAGAAGGAUAACCAGAUCCGUCAUUUUUUUUUUUACCUCUCUCUCUCCAAAUGGCUUCUGUGAGCCUUGUUUCCAGUCCCCCAGCCCCCGUUCUUGACAAAAACAUGACAGACUCUGAACUUGCAGGGGAUGAAAGGGAGGAUGGUGAGCUGGAAGAUGGAGAAAUAGACGAUGAGGGCAUCGAGAUCGAAGAGGAGAACAAAGAGGCCGCUGAGGUGAAGGAUGACAAUGAGAAAGAAAAGGAAAAAGAAAAAGAGAAAACUAAAGAGAAAGAAGAAAAAGGACGCAGACGUUCGAGGAAAAGAUACAAAAAGACGAGGGAGAAGAGGAGGUCCAAAAGGAGGAAACGUGAAAGACAAAGACAUCAUUCUCCCUCCAGCAGCUCCAGCUCCGACAGCUACGACUCAGACUAUGAAAGGCCCAAAAGCAGGAAGGGCCAAGGUUACAGCCGGGAGCCUGAGAACCAGUCCUCUCUACAUUCGAAGGGACUCCAUGGAAACUCGAAGAAGUCGUCUCCGCCAAAGAGCAGCGACUUUGAUAAAUACAGCGAUGACUACAGUGAUGACAAGUACGACUAUGAAGAGGAGGAGGAGGACUAUGAAGAUGACAUGUCAGAGUACCAGCAGUCUAAAGAUGGGAGUCAGGGAAGGGGACGCUACUCAAAGGAACAGAUGAGCAGAGGAAACUUGAGAGGCAUGAAGCAACAACAGUUUGGACAGAGAGGAAGGGGAAGAGGGAGUGGACCAGGAAGAGGGCGAGGGAUGCUGAUGAAGAACAAGAAGAUGAAGGGCAAACCGUGGGGUGGACGUGGACGGGGCCGAGGAGGAGACCUGGGAAUGGAAGACAUGGGACCUGAGGGAAAAAGCUCCUCUGGCUUUCAGAAAAAAUGGCCAAUCAUGAGCAAGGAGUUCAUCAGUCAGCAUACAGUUGAACACAAUGGUAGAUACAUCUGCAAGUACUUCCUUGAGGGUCGCUGCAUCAAGGGGGAACAGUGCAAAUUUGAACAUGAGCUUGUGGUACCUGAUAAGAAAAAGGAGCUUUGCAAGUUUUAUCUGCAAGGAUACUGCAGCAAAGGAGACCACUGCAUUUACAUGCAUAAUGAAUACCCCUGCAAGUUUUUUCACACAGGAGCCAAAUGUUACCAAGGGGAUAACUGCAAAUUCUCCCAUGAUGCUUUGAAUGAUGUGACGAAAGAGCUGCUUGAUAAGAUAAUAAACACAGAGGAGGAGAACGCCAGAGAAGACGAGUUGGAGCUGGAGGAUCUUAGAAAGCAGGGUAUCGCACCACUACCAAAGCCCCCGCCUGGAGUGGGGUUGCUGCCCACCCCAGGGCAGAGCAGCCCCACAGACUGUGGCAAGAAGAUUCCCUCUCUGUUUGAAAUUAAAGUUCAUCCUACUGUUGACUUGGCACAAAAAAUCGCUCUGAGUGGCUCCAGCUAUACCCAGAACCAGGGGGAUGGAGACGCUCAGUUUAGUGGAGGUUCAGAGGACAUGCAGGGUGGUGCUGCUGUGGCUUCAGGUCCUCCUCCUGCAGCCCCAGCUGAAUCAGCUGUUAUUGGCCCACCUAUGCCACAGAGUCCCCCAGGAAAGCAGCCGCAUCACGGAUUCCCAAUGCAACUACCACCCCCCACUGGUCCGCCCCCACCCUUCCAUGCAGCCGCUAUCAACCAGCAGAUAAACGUGCAGAAGCCUCCAUUUCCACCAGACCUGCAGCUGUUACAAAACAUGUUGUCCUUCUCAUCAUUUGGUCAGAACCCAUCAGACAGUUUGAGCAACCUCUUCCAAAACCAGGCAAUGGGUCAACAGGGAGUGGAACCUGGUCAGGCUUUCAUACAUAGCCUUCAGCAGCUUUUGGGUGCAGAGUCACAGUUACAGUCUUUGCCACCAGCGGUGCAGAAGGCCAUCUUGUUGCAUCUGACGCAGCAGCAGCAGGAGUCCCAGGGCAAGGAGCCACACAGAGCAGAGGGACAGUUGGAUAAGAGCGAAAACAGGGAUGAAACAACAAACUGGUACUCCAGCGACGAGGAGGACGGGGCCUCUUGUGUCUCCUCCAUCCUCAAAUCUUUAAAAAAGCAAAAUGAGAUGCAGCAGAGUCAAUCGAAGCUUCUCCACGCUGCUUCGGCGGCUCCAGCACUGGGCGAUCCCAGGCUCAUGAAAGAACACGCACCAUCCAGCGACCCUCGGAUGAAGACGGACCCUAGACAGCGACUCCCAGAUCCCAGUAAAGAGUUGGACUCAGGCGCUGAAUCGAGGCUCCCCAGAGACCCCAGGAAGGUGAGACCAACCGAUCUCGGUCGCCAGCAAGGUCAUCCGACUCCACAAAAGGCUCCGACCGGUGAGGAUGAUGAAGAAGGAGAGAGGGAGCUGAAGGAUAGAGCAGUUCUUAUCCCGCUGGAAGCCAGUCCUGGCCUGGUGCUGCGGGAUCCGCGCUGUCAGCUGAAACAGUUCAGUCACAUUCGGGUGGACAUUCUGCUGCAGCGACCUGCCUUUGCUCAUACAGUGGUGUGGGCACCUGAGGACCUCAUCCCUUCCCUUGUUCCCAAACAAGAGCACUCCAUCAACCUGCCGCUUCCACCACUGAUUGCAGACGCUCAGAUGAACCGAACGAGCCUUCCGGACCAUUCCAUAGGUUCCAGCCCUACACCUUCUGACCCCAGACUAGUAGCAGCCCGUUUGAAAGAACGGUUGGGUCGAAUCGCCACUGGAUCCAUAGAGUCCCGAUCCUCUACAGAGAGACCCAUAGAUCCACGGCAGCAGAAAUCUCUGGACCCCAGACUCAAGCGUAAAGGAAGUCUAGACUCCAAAGUGCUGGGCCAGAAGGAUCCCUCCUCUGUGGGAGGACUGGUGGACCCCAGGCUCCAGAAGGCCAGUAGUAACUCCUCUCCCCAAGCUGCCCAAGGCAAGCCGGAAACUGAGCGGCUGCCACCGUAUGCCCUCCGGUUGGCAUCCUCCGACGGAGGGCUGGAGAGUCCCACCACAAUCCUUGGGGGGAUCCGCUUGUAUGAUCCCCGCUCCCAAACAGAGCCGACACAGAAGGAGCCGGUCGAACCUCCUAAAAAACCUGGGAUUUUGAAACAACCGUCCAAAACGGAGAUCUCCAUGGCAACAUCUCUCUCACCUACUCAGCGCAGUGGCUCGUUUGAAGAGGUAAAGAGCACAGAGGUCACCUCAAAUCAAACCCCUCCUACUUCUCCCAGCGAGCCUCCUCCCGUCUCACCUGUCAAAGCCCCCGCAGUCCAUAAUCUCCCCAUCCCGGCGCUGGCCGGGCUGAUCCGGCCUCAGUACACCGACCCCAGGCAGGCUAAACAAGGAGGACAGGGCACUGCAGGAGCACAGGAAGAGACGGAGAUCAGCAGGGAGCAGGAGGGGGAGGUAGAGGAGGAGGAUCACAAUGAAAAGGAGGAGGUUCUAGAAGAAGAAGCAGAGCAGAAAGAUCCAGACGAGACUGAUGACAGAACGCUAAAGGAUGUUUUCAAGACUUUUGAUCCCACUGCGUCUCCUUUCUGUCAGUAGAUUCUUCAGUGCUGAAAUGAAAACAAAUUCUAAAUUUUUUUUAAUUGUUAGAACAUUGCCACAUAUUUUUCUUUAGUAAUACAUGGCUCUAUUUAUUUCUGUAAAUAUUCAUGUUUGGGUUAUUACUUAUCAGAAAAUAAGAGUGUGGAAUGUUGAGGAUUUUCAAUGUGCAAACAUUUCCUUCUAGCAGACCACGUUAAUUAUAAGACACGUUUUCACCGUAUUUAUUCCUUCCCCCUGGGAGCUUAUUGUGUGUCCUUUAUUUCAUAUUUACCCUUUUUACCCCUUUUUUUUAACAGAGAGGAGCUUUUUAUUUUUUCAACGACUUAUAAUAAUCAAAGAGAAUCCUCUCAUCACAUUAAUCACAUAAAAAUGGGAUUUAUUUUUCCAGGUGUUACACUUUAUAAACUAUUAAAAGGUUAAGCAUUUUGCUGUAAUGUUUUACUUCAUCAUCUUAGCAGAAAAUGAUAUAGUUUCUUCUUCUUUGCCUUGAUAGGGCAUUAUGUUCUCAGUUU